AGCGAUCACAUAGUCACGCGUUUGUCAACACUGUCCGAGACCGCGUGACAAGCGAAGAUCGUGGGCAGCGAAGGCGAGCACCGUGCCGACAAUGGCUGAUGCAGAAACAAGUCCUAGCGCGAUCGAGCCCAGCACAGGCAGCCAGAUGCCACAAAAGCAUGCUGGCUCCACCACCACCAUUAGCACCAUUUCCCUGCAAAGCGGAGAAACCAGACUCGUCAUUGCGCUGCUGCAAAGUGCAGAACGCCUGCAGUUGAAGGUGCUGGAAGGCUCUCCCGAGAUCACACAUCUGGGCGCUACGUUACCGCAAGCGCUUGCACUACAACGUCAGCACGAAGAAGUCAUCCUACAACUGCAGAGCAAACAAAGUCCGGUCGAAGAACUACUGCGUCAGGCUGAUCAACUUAUCUCAGCGCAAAGACCGCGUGCUGAAGUUUAUGCUGCCAUGGCUGAAUCGCUAGGUGUUGCAUGGAAAGAUGUCAACAGUUACCUGGAAUUGAGGAAACACAUUUUAGAUCUCAAUGUCUCCUAUCAAAGUCGCGCCGAAGAAUGCAUCGAACGAAUGCUGGCUCUUGAGACUGCAUGCCGAGAUACGAACGUGCCUGUCGAAAUCGAAGCAGUAAAAAAUCUGCUAGCAAAACUUCACGACUUCAAGAGGAUGAUGUUGGAAGCCCUCAUGGUUACGCUGCAAAACGGAAGAGCUUUACACGAGAAGAUUAGCGAAAUAGCUGCUCAAGGAACACUAGAUUCUCGACCAGAUAAAAUUACUAGUUCUGCUAAUUUCACUAUUUCACAGAUUGAACAUUGGUUAGAAGAGCUCCAUGACAGAAGAAAAGUAUUGGAAGUAAAGUGGCAGAGUCGUAAGACACAAUUAGAACAAUGUCUGUCAUUGUCGUUACUAGCAAAAGAUCUCAAGGAAUUGGAUGAAAUUUUGUUUCUUCGUAAAGAGGCCCUGCAGAAUACUAGUGUACAGAUGGGAGAUUCAGCGUCUAGUGCAGAAUUGAUUUUACAUGAACACAGGAAAUUAAUCAACGAAGCAAGGGCAACAGAGAAAUUGACCCUUGGAGGACACUUCGCGGGAGAACAAGCAACAAUUCAAGCGUAUGCUGUCCUUAACGCCUCUGUGGAAUAUUUGGAAGCAUUAGAAGAGCGUGAUGCCUUGCUGAAACAAUCUGUUGCUUUCUUCCGUUCAUCUCGCACGGCUUUGACGAAAUUGGAUCAGCUUGAAAUUCAACUGACUACUACGGAACAUUCUCUAACAAAUUCGAGUUUGGUUCAAUUGCAUUUCCAAGUAUCUAAAUCUUUGGAAGAAAUUACAUCCCAACCAUUACAACAAGGUUACUCUCUCUUGGAGGCUGUUGGCCAGAGUUCCCCAGGUGCACAGGGCGUGAAAUGUACUGUGCAAGAGCUAGAAAAUAGAAAGAUUGGAUUAGACAAUUUAUGUACAGCGCACAAAGAAGAAAAUAUACAUCUCUCAAAAGCAUUUACUACAUUUUUAGAACGGCAAAAUGAACUCUACUCUUGGCUUGUGAGUAUUGCUGAAGCAUUUCUCCAGGGGCAUCAAGAUUUGGGAAGUGUUUUGGCAAUGGCUGAUGACUUUCUUCAACUACAUCAACAGUUAUUGAAGGAUUUACAGAAUAAAGGGAUUGAAAUUAAUGAGGUCUUGUUAACGCUGCCGCCAAUAUUAGAAAAACUUAAUGAUGAUCAGCGUGCAGACAUUGACGAAAAAGUGGAUACAUUACACUCACAUUGGCUAAAUCUAAAAACUAUACUUGAAUCUCGCAUAGACCUUGCAUCUUUGUACGUCAAAUUUCAUUCCCUUGCUGCAGAACUUACUAAUGAAUUUGAUACAAUUGAAGUCGAAUUUAGAAAGGGAACUGAUAACGAAGAAGAAGACAUGAUGAGUCGUAUUGAACAGAAAUGGCUGUAUAUUCAGCAAAUGACUGGCCAGUUAACAAAUUUGGGAAAAUUAUUCAUUGAAGAAUCUUCAAAGAUUGGAGAUCCCUACCUGGAUGUAAAGCGCGCUUCCUUGUGUGUUGAAACUCUGCUAGAACAUUUUGCCAAUAGACAACUAGUAAUUACACAAUCUUGGGGAACGUGGCAAACAACCAUCACAACUGAGCGUGAAUUUAAUGUUCUCUGGGAACGAAACAUCAGAGAAAGUGACAGGAUCAUGGAAUGGAUAUCUAAAAUUCAUUCUCAGUUAUAUCCUGUUCUGACCGGAGAAAGUACAGCAGCAAAAAUUAUUACCAAGGAAUUGGAAGAAAAAUUACGAACUAUCAUGCCAGAAUUGAAGAGAGCACAAACAGAGAUUGAAUUGAGAGUGAAGACUGCUGAAACGUUGGCAAUGAAAGGAGAACAUUCUGGGCAGAAAGAAACUAUAAUAAGUAAAUUAAUGGUGCUGCACAAUGAACUAAAUGAUACUGCGACGGAUUACCAAAUUUUGCUUCAGAUGCUUAUAUCACUUUUUAAAAAGUUGUCGGAGGUGGAAAAGACCAUUGAGAACUUACAAUCUCAGUUUAAUUUGACCCGACUUCCAAAUGUUUGUUCUGAAUUGGAAUUGCUUCUUAAGGAACAUGAAGCAUCCGAGCAAACAAUUUUAGAGCUCUUCAAAUUUACUCAGAAUGAGAGUGAACAAAUAAUUAAUAGGAUCGUUCAACAGGAGCCGGAGAAAGCUGCUGAGUACGAUACUGAAAGAGUAAAACGAUUAUUGGAAGAUAAAAAAUAUGCUUGGAAAUCAGCGUGGACUGCUAGAAAAUUGUUAUUAGAAGAGCAACAGCAACUCUCUCAAUUUGAUUCUGAUUUGCAGCAGAUUAACUCCAAUUUGAGUGAUCUUUCCAAACAGCUAAACACACUAAAAGGACAGUAUGGAGAAUCACUAACAAGCGCAAAAGCUACGUCUGUUGCAUUUGUUUAUUUCGAAAAAACCAUUCAGUUGUUGGAGAAUAGAAUUCAAACCUUUAUGAGUACAACAGAACAAAUUUUGAAAUCUGAACAUGCUUCAUCCCAUGUGGAAAGUAAAUUAAAUGAAUUACAAACAAAGUGGUCAGCUUUUAUGAAUCAAGUGAAGAAAAGUAGACAAUUAAUUGAUAUGAAUAUUGAAUAUUUCACGUUAGUUGAAGAGGGAGAAAAAUGGUUUCGAAUGGGAAGUAAACUGCUGAUAACAAUUGCGAGAAAAUCUACUGCCGUUAGAAAUCCUCACGAAGCCGACCAACUACUAGCUGAAGUGGAAAACUUUCUAACGAACGGUGAAUUACUUCAACAAGAGAGAAUCAACAAAAUAUCAAGUCUUGCUGAGGAAUUGCACGGCAAACAACUUCGUAUUUAUAUAUCUGUUGUUGACAACUUCAUUAUAGAAAUGGAAGAAGCUGAAGCUAUUUUAGCAACUGCCAAAGCAGAAGCAACUGCUGCUAAAGCUGCAGCAACAGCAGCCGAGGAAGCGAGAAGGGCAGCUGAAACAGCUGCAAAAGUCUUACAGGAAGCUAUGCCAAUUCUUGAAAAGAUUGAAGCGGAGACAACAGUUAUUUCUUCUCGUGAUACUGUGGAGGUCAUCGAGAGAUUAAGAAAGUCACCUAGUCCUCCUUCUAAGAGAGCAAAAAUAAAUGAUGAAGAACAGAGAUUGAGUCCACCGACAUUCACAGUUCCUUUGCAAGAUGCUACUGUACAAGAAGGGCAACGAUUUACAUUCGAAUGCAGAGUUGCAGGUUUCCCUGUUCCUGAAGUUAUUUGGUACAAAGAUGGCAUUUCUAUUCAGGAUAAUCCUGAUUAUCGAACAUCAUAUGACAAUGGAAUUUGUACAUUAGCCAUCGAGGAGACCUUUUCAGAAGACUCAGCUCGUUUCACCUGUAAAGCAAUUAAUUCGGAAGGCUUCGCUGAAACGUGUGGAACUCUAUCUGUGCAAGAGGCUGAACCUGAAGAGCAACUUUUUCCUCCAGUAUUUACGAAAAGAAUUGAAGAAAGUUCUGCAAAGGAAGGGUCAACUUUAUAUUUGAUGUGUACUGUAGAAGGCAAUCCAUUACCUACCGUUCAGUGGUUUAAGAACGGUACUUGUAUUGACAAUUCUUCAGAUUAUGUUAUUACUUACAAUAAUGGUGAAGCAGUUAUUAAAUUUGAGGAAAUUUUUCUUGAGGAUCAGGCAGAAUAUACUUGCAAAGCCAGUAAUCCUUUGGGAACUGACAAAUGUUCUGCAAAGCUGACUGUUGAAGCAUUAGAAUUAACAGAAUCUCCAGUAUUCGUUACACCACUGUCAAAUAUCAUGGCUCGAGCAGGAAGAAAAAUACAACUUGAAUGUGAAGUCAGAGGCUUACCCUUGCCAGACCUUAUUUGGACGCAAAAUGCAAAAAUUAUCAAAGACUGUCAAGAUGUUAAGUUGCAAUAUGACAACGGAAAAGGAGUAUUAACCAUUAAAGAAGCUUUCCCUAAAGAUGCUGGUGUGUACAAAGUUGUUGCGAAGAACAUAGCAGGAGAAGCUUCUUCCUCUUGCAAUGUGUCUGUGAAGGGGCGCUUACCAACAGAGACAUCUGAUUCUGAAAUUGCAAGUGAUUUCGAACCAAUCAAACCAUCAAUACAAUUAUCUUUGAAAGAUGUUUGUGUCUUAGAAGGAGAAAAAGUGUGUUUAGAUUGCAUUAUUAUUGGGCAACCAGAACCGGAGGUUAUUUGGUAUCGUAAUAAUCAACCGGUAAAGGAGUCCUCUGAUUUUCAACUUCUCUUUCAAGGAGAUAGAUGCACUCUUGUUAUUCAUGAGGCAUAUUUAGAAGAUGCCGGAGAAUAUAAAGUUGUAGCAAUAAAUUCUGGUGGAGAAGCAUCUAGUAAAUGUGAUUUAACUGUGAAAUCAGCACUGGGUGAUGCUGAACUUGUAGCAAAUCCUCAAGUUGUUAAAGAAACUGAGGUACCUCAAGGAACACCGCCCAAAUUCAACAGGUUGCUUACAGAUAUUGUCGCUUCUGAAGGUGAUAAAGUGGUACUUGAAUGUAGUAUUUUAGGAGAUCCUAAACCUAAUGUUAAAUGGUACUUGGACAAUCAGGAAUUGUCUGAUGCUACAUUAAAAGAGUAUAAGGAAGAUGGAGAUGGAAAUGUGAGCCUAACACUCCUUCGUGUGGAAUCACAAGAUAAAGGAGUUUACACAAUAAAAGCCUCUAAUGCAUUUGGAGAAGCAGAAAGUGUAGCAAAACUCACUGUAAAUCCCUUGCCAUCACAGGAAACGCAUGUGCCUGUUCAAUUGGAAGAAAAGAGCAUAGCACCAUCUUUCAAAGAAUUAUUUGCAGAUAGAACGAUUCCUGAAAAUACAAGUACUAAAUUUGAAUGCGUGGUGACAGGAAAACCCACACCAAAGGUGGAAUGGUCCAUCAAUAAUGAACCAAUCUCAAGUGAAGAUGCCUUGAUCUCUACAGAAGGUGAACAACAAGUGCUUACAAUUCAUAAUGUCAGAAAAAUUCACUCUGGGAAUGUUGCAUGUGUGGCAGAAAAUGAUGCUGGGAAAGCAACAUGCACAGCACGACUUAAUGUUGUAGAACCAUCAAUACCCAGCCAAAUGCCUACUGCAGAAAACAUGGAAUCAUCUCAGAAAGAGAUUUCUUUUAAACAAUCAAUAUUUAGUAGUCAAGUGAUUGAGAGCCAGUCAUUGUCAACUACUGUGAUAAGAGAGGAAGGGAAGCACGUGACAUCUCGUUCUGAACAAACUCUCCAGAGGAUCGAGCAGAAGUCUCCUGUUCAAGUUCAAAUUCAGAAAUUUAAAGAAGUGCAACGUAAAACUAAUGAAAGUUCUGAUUCUGAACACCAGUCAUUUGUAUCAGCUAUUAAUAAAGAGGAUUCUCAAGAUAGCUCGCCAUCGAGUUACUCAACUCCUACCGCUUCUCCAAAAUAUGUACGAAAAUCAGUACCACCCCGUUUUAUUACACCACUUAAUGGAAGAAUUGUCGAUGAAGGUGCCCAAGUGAUAUUAGAAGGCAUUAUUGAU